UUUGACGUUACGGUGACAUUAUCUUAACAACAUUACUUUAAAAGCCGAAAGCAUCGUGCUUAUAAGUAAUAACAGAUUGUAUUAUAUUAAUUAAUAUAUAAUGUGUGAAGAACAGAAACCUCUGUUCAGAGACCUCGCAGGUGAUGAUCCGGAACCCGAGGUGACGGAGAUCGAGUCGCUCUGUCUGAAUUGCCACGAAAAUGGCAUGACUCGUCUUCUGUUAACUCGAAUCCCGCACUACAAGAAUGUCGUUAUAAUGUCCUUCAACUGUGAGCACUGCGGCUUUGAGAACAACGAGAUACAACCAGGGGGAGCGUACGCCGAGUUAGGAGUGCGUUGGAAGCUGAACAUUCAAGAGUCUCGUGACCUGAAUCGUCAAGUGGUGAAGAGUGACCAUACAGCCGUCAUCAUACCGGAGUUGGACUUUGAAAUACCGGCCCUGAGUCAGAAGGGAGAGGUCACAACAGUGGAGGGUAUCAUAUCAAGGGCCAUCACAGGCCUAACACAGGACCAGGCCGUUAGAAGACAACAGCAUCCAGAACAUGCGGAGCAAAUAGAUCAGUUCGUCGCCAAGCUGGAGGAACUUAGAAGUCUGCAAAAGACCUGGACCCUCAUCAUAGAAGAUAUAACCGGGAACUGUUUCGUAGAGAACCCAGAGGCUCCUAAAAAGGAUCCGGGCUGUGUCAGGACGGACUUCAAGAGGAGUAAAGAGGAUGAUAUCAAACUGGGAAUAUACACGGAGGGCUCGCAAGCCCUCGCCGGAGCCCUAACGUCGGAGGAGCCCUCGGUGGCUAGCUACGACCAGCUCGCAUCGGACGAAGUGCUGCAGUUCAGGACCAACUGCCCUGAAUGUAACGCACCAGCCGACACCAACAUGAAGAUCACUAAGAUUCCGCACUUCAAGGAAGUUGUGAUAAUGGCGACUGUCUGUGACGCGUGCGGGCAUCGGACCAAUGAGGUGAAGUCAGGUGGUGGAGUUGAAGAGAAAGGCGUCAAGUUUGAAGUAAAGAUCAGGAACAGGGAAGAUUUCACCAGAGAUAUAUUAAAGUCGGAGACAUGUAACAUGGGAAUCCCCGAGCUGGAGUUGGAGGUGGGGGGCGCGGCCCUGGGAGGGCGCUUCACGACGGUGGAGGGAGUCCUGACUGCGGUUAAGGACCAGAUGAGGGAGGGGGUCGGGCUGGGGGACGCGGGGGGAGAGGCCAGAGAGAAAGUUGAGAGAUGUAUAUCCAGCAUAGACGAAAUCUUAGAGGGCAAAUCCACAGCCACAUUGAUCUUGGACGACCCCGCUGGGAAUUCAUACGUACAGAACCUUAGCGAUGACCCCACAGUGUUUGAUGAUGGUCUCAAAGUAGUUCAUUACGAGCGUUCCUAUGAACAAAACGACGAGUUGGGAUUGAAUGAUAUGAAGACAGAAGGUUACGCAGAGAGUUGACAAUGAAACACCUAUAUAUAUAUAUUUUUUUAUACAUGUUGUUUUUCUUGUAUCUGUAUAUAGAUUAAAAUGAUUUUCUAUAAUACAA